CGCUGAAGGUGAUGCUAUCAAAGUCUGCGUGAGGGUCCGGCCCCCUGCCGAGGCACCGGCGCUCUCCGAGGGAGACCCAGCCCUGUGCCUGUCUGUCCUCUCCUCCAACACCAUCCGCCUGCAUUCCAAGCCCGAGGCGAAGAUCUUCACUUUUGAUUAUGUUGCAAAUAUGGAAACGACACAGGAGUCGGUGUUCUCAAGUGUGGCCAAAAAUAUUGUUGAAUCUUGUAUGAAUGGCUACAACGGAACCAUCUUUGCAUAUGGCCAAACUGGAUCAGGAAAAACCUUUACUAUGAUGGGACCAGCUGACUCUGAUAACUUCACUCACAGCCUGAGAGGUGUCAUCCCACGGAGCUUCGAGUACUUAUUUUUUCUAAUUGAACGUGAAAAAGAAAAGGCUGGCAGUGGAAAGAGCUUUCUCUGCAAAUGCUCGUUUAUUGAAAUCUACAAUGAACAGAUAUUUGACUUGCUAGAUUCUGCUUCAGCUGGACUCUUCCUCAGAGAACACAUCAAGAAGGGAGUCUUUGUGGAUGGUGCUGUUGAACAGGUGUUGUCAUCUGCUGCUGAAGCAUACCAGGUCCUGACUAUGGGCUGGAAAAACCGUCGUGUGGCGUCCACCUCGAUGAACAGAGAGUCCUCAAGGUCACAUGCAGUCUUCACCCUCACCGUGGAGUCCAUGGAGAAGAUCAAUGAGCUGGUGAACAUUCGCUCCUCCCUGCUCAACCUGGUGGACUUGGCCGGGUCGGAGCGGCAGAAGGACACCCACACCGAGGGGCUGAGGCUGAAGGAGGCAGGUAACAUCAAUCGGUCGCUCAGCUGCCUGGGCAAGGUCAUCACAGCCCUGGUGGACGUGGGCAAUGGGAAGCAGAGGCACGUCUGCUACCGGGACUCCAAGCUCACCUUCCUGCUCCAGGAUUCCCUUGGUGGAAAUGCCAAAACAUGUAUAAUUGCCAAUGUUCACCCAGGCUCCAGGUGUUUUGGUGAAACACUGUCCACUCUGAACUUUGCUCAACGAGCCAAGCUGAUUAAAAACAAGGCUGUGGUAAAUGAAGACACACAAGGCAACGUGAGCCAGCUGCAAGCUGAGGUCAAGAAGCUGAAACAGCAGCUUGCCCAGCUUAGUUCAGUGCCCUCUAUGCCUGGUUUUCCUGUGUCCCAAG